AUGGCCGCCACAUUUGUCCCGCGCCAGGUGUUCCCCAACUAUGCGUCGAUCCCCCGGUCGUACUUCCUGGGCCACCAUAGGGCUGGCUUGAGGAAGAUGCAAAAUAUGCUCUCGUCCAUCGACUAUGUCAUCGAGUGCCGGGACUAUCGGGUACCAGUCACCUCCAUGAACCCUAUGUUCGAGGAAGCGCUGGGGAAGACGAGACGACUGGUUGUGUAUACCAAGAGAGAUCUGGGUGCAGAAUCUGGGUCAAAGGCGCAAAAACAGGCGGAGAAAACCAUUCGGACUUUCAACAAGAACGGGGAUUCGCUCUUCGUCAGCUCAUCGUCUCGGAUGGACGUCGGCACCAUCCUGAAACACCUGCGUGACGACUCGGGGAUUCCGGAAAGGCUCGUCGGCACUCGAGUGAUGGUGGUCGGUAUGCCCAACGUGGGCAAGUCGACGUUGAUCAAUAACCUGCGCAAUCAGGGGGUGGGAAAGGCCAAGGCCGUACGGACUGGAGGCCAGCCGGGUAUCACGCGCAAGAUCGCCUCGCCCGUGAAGAUCAUCGAACGCGAGAAUGGCUCUCAUGUCUACGUCUUGGACACGCCGGGUGUCUUCAUGCCGUAUGUGCCGGAUGCGGAGAACAUGCUGAAAUUGGCACUUUGCGGCUGCGUCAAGGACUCGGUCAUCGCGCCCGUCACGCUGGCCGACUAUCUAUUGUACCAUAUCAACCUCAACGAUGCGCAAGUCUAUCAGCGAUGGUCAUCUCCCACAAAUGAGAUCAUGCCACUCUUGAAUGACUUCGCCCGCCAGACAGGCCUUCUGGCCAAGGGCGGAAUCCCCAACACGGAGCUCGCAGCCCUGCAUUUCAUCCAGAAAUGGCGCGCUGGGGAUCUGGGCAAGUUCAUCCUCGAUGACCUGCAUGCCGAGGAGCAACGGCUGUUGGAAGGUAGAGAGCGGGAGCCCAUUAUCAGUCGGACGCAGGCGCUGAAGGCUGACAAGCUCUCACGGAAGCAACCCAAGCUGUAA